AUGGCUGGAGGUGCUGUUGUCGAUACCGGCUACGCCUCCACUGGCCCUGUGGCCCGCCCCGCUAGCGUGAGACAGUCGCUCCCGGCCAUUCUGGUGGCCGCUGCUUCCGCUUUCGGUGGUGUUCUCUUCGGUUACGACACUGGUACCAUUUCGGGUCUCCUCGUCAUGGAGAACUUCCGUGAGACCUUCGGACAGUACUUCGAUAACAUCCCCUCCAACACCUCCGGUGUACCCAAGCCCGGUUUCGAUCUGACGACCAGCGACCAGUCGCUUGUCGUCUCGAUUCUCUCCGCCGGUACCUUCGUUGGUGCCCUGGCUGGUGCUCCCAUCUCGGACGUCCUCGGUCGCCGAUGGGGUAUGCAGGUCGCUCUCCUCGUCUUCUGCGUCGGUGUCGUCAUGCAGAUGGCCACCACUGACUUCGGUGUCUUUACUGGCGGCCGUGUCGUCGCUGGUCUCGGUGUUGGUAUCCUCUCAACCAUCGUCCCCAUGUACCAGUCCGAGACUGCUCCUCGCUGGAUCCGUGGUGCCGUUGUCUCCGGUUACCAGUGGGCUAUCACCAUCGGUCUCCUCAUCGCUUCGCUCGCUACCUACGGCACCAAGAACCGCACAAACACCAGCUCGUGGCGCAUCCCCGUCGGUAUUCAGUUCGCGUUUGCUCUUAUCCUUUGCGGUUUCUUCCUUGUCCUCCCCGAGUCGCCCCGUUGGCUCGUCAAGAAGGGCAACCACGAGGCUGCCUCCAAGUCGCUCGCCCGCCUCAACUCCACCGACGUUGACGACCCAAUCGUCCGCUCCGAGCUCUCGGUCAUCCAGACCAACCUCGAUAUCGAGCUGACCCACAGCACCGGCUCGUACCUCGACUGCUUCAAGCCUAACGACCGCCGUUACUUCCUCCGCUCCUUCACCGGCAUCUUCAUCCAGGCCUUCCAGCAGCUCACCGGUAUCAACUUCAUCUUCUACUUCGGCACCACCUUCUUCCAGAACGCCCUCCCCGGCUCCAACCCCUUCAUCUUUUCGGUCAUUUCCAAUGUCGUCAACGUCGUCACCACCCUCCCAGGCAUGUACAUGAUGGAGCGCGUCGGUCGCCGCAACCUCCUCAUCUGGGGUGCCGUCUGGAUGUGCCUUUGCGAGCUCAUCGUCGCCGUCGUCGGCACUGCCGUACCCAACACCAACCAGUCCGGUGGCAAGGCCCUCAUCGCCUUUGUCUGCAUCUACAUCGCCGGCUUCGCCUCCACCUGGGGUCCCGCUGCCUGGGUCGUCUGCGGUGAGAUCUUCCCUCUCGCCAUCCGCGCUAAGGCUCUCUCGCUCUGCACUGCCUCCAACUGGCUGUGGAACUUCGGCAUUGGCUUCGCCACUCCCUAUCUCGUCCAGUCCGGCCCUGGCCACGCUGGUCUUGGCACCAAGGUGUUCUUCAUCUGGACCGGCACUUGCGCCGGCUGCGCCGUCUUUGCCUACUUCUUCAUCUACGAGACCCGUCUGCUGUCGCUCGAGGAGGUCGACGAGAUGUACGCCCAGACCACCGCCAUCAAGUCGUCCGCCGCCAACGCCGAGAUCCGCGCUCGUCGCUCGGACCUCGAGGGUGCCGUCGCCCCCGUCAAGGAGGACGAGCUCGCCACCCACGACGAGAAGAAGUACUAA